CGGGAGGCGGGGCCGAGGGCUAUUUAAGGCGGCGCCGGGCUCUGCGGGGACAGCGGCGCCCCGGCCCGGCCCGGACACACUACCUCUGAAAAUCAAGGACUGGGAUGGAGCCAAGGGGGCCUCUGCAGGACCUGAAAGGGCCUGAGCCGGGUGAUGCUGAAGAUGAUGACUUUCUUCCAAGGCCUUCCAGGCCAGCACACUGCGUCAGGGGGUCCUGACCUGCGGGGAAGCUCCCAGAAGUUGCCCUCCACCUCCGAGUUGGAGUCCGAGGCCUCCAUGUCGGAGGCGUCUUCGGAAGACCUGGUGCCACCCCUGGAGGCCGCGGGAGCCCCAGACAGGGACAAGGAAGAGGCUCUGAAGAAGAAGAAGAAGAAGAAGUCCAAAGGCCUGGCCAGCAUGCUCAGCGUGUUCACCAAAGGGAGGAAGAAGAAGGGUCAGCCCGGCUCGGCGGAGCCAGAGGGCCACCCCGGGGCCCAGCCUGAGCCCAGCGGCCCGCUGCCCACAGCGGAGGAGCUCAAGGCGGAGCUGGAGCGCGGGCGGCUGGAGGCGGCGCGGCCGCUGCUGGCGCUGGAGCGGGAGCUGGCGGCGGCGGCGGCGGCGGGCGGCGAGAGCGCGGAGGAGCUGGUGCGGCGCCAGAGCAAGGUGGAGGCGCUGUACGUGCUGCUGCGCGAGCAGGUGCUCGGCGUGCUGCGGCGGCCGCUCGACGUGGCGCCCGAGCGGCUGCGCCAGGCGCUGCAGGUGCUGGCGGAGCAGGAGCGCGAGGACCGGCGGGCGGCGGCGGCGGGGGCGCCCGGGGGCUCGGCGCUGGUGGCCGCGCGGCCUCGGCGCUGGCUGCAGCUGUGGCGGCGCGCGGUGGCGCAGGCGGCGCAGGAGCGUCUGGGCGCGCGGCCGGCCGCGGACGCCGAGGGCCGCUCGGAGGCCGAGCGCGCCUUCCUGCACAUGGGCCGCACCAUGAAGGAGGACCUGGAGGCCGUGGUGGAGCGGCUGAAGCCGCUGUCCCCCGCCGACCUGGACGUGGUGGCCGCCUACGCCGAGAGCUACCACGAGCACUUCGCGGCCCAGCUGGCCGCCGUGGCGCAGUUCGAGCUGUGCGAGCGCGACACCUACAUGCUGCUGCUCUGGGUGCAGAACCUGUACCCCAAUGACAUCAUCAACAGCCCCAAGCUGGCAGGAGACCUGCAGAGAGUGCAGCUUGGGAGCCUUCUGCCCCCCAGGCAGAUCCGGCUGCUGGAGGCCACGUUCCUGUCCAACGAGGUGGCCAGCGUGAAGGAGCUGAUGGCCCGUGCCCUGGAACUGGAGUCACAGCGCUGGGCCCGGGAUGUGGCUCCCCAGAGGCUGGACAGCCACUACCACAGCGAGCUGGCCAUCGACAUCAUCCAGAUCAUCUCCCAGGGCCAGGCCAAGGCUGAGAGCAUCACCCUUGACCUGGGUGUGCAGAUAAAGAACGUGCUGCUGCUGGAGCUAGCUGCGUUCCUGAGGAGCUACCAGCGAGCCUUUGAUGAAUUUCUGGAGAGAUGCAAACAGUUGAGAAAUUACAGGGCCAAUGUCAUGGCCAACAUCAACAACUGCUUAUCCUUCCGCACCGCCAUGGAGCAGAAGUGGCAGAUACUGCAAGACCUCCCAGGCCACCUGAUGGGCCCCCUGAGUGAUCUCAAGAGUCACGGCUUUGACACCCUGCUCCAGAGCCUGUUUGGGGACCUGAAGCCGCUGUUCAAGAGGUUCACACAGACCCGCUGGGCAGCCCCGGCGCAGACCCUGGGGGACAUCAUCUCCACCGUGGGCGAAAGGCUGCCUGAGUUCUCCGAGCUCCACGACUGUUUCCAGAAGGAGCUCAUGGAGGUGGUGCACCUGCACCUGGUGAAGGAGUACAUCAUCCGCCUCAGCAAGCGGAGCCUGGUCCUCAAGGUGGUGGAGCAGCAGCGGCAGCUGGCCGAGCACAUCCUGGCCAACGCCGAGGUCAUCCAGCGCUUCUGCACUCAGAACGGCUCGUCAGCGACCUGGCUGCACCACGCCCUCCCCACGCUCGCUGAGAUCAUUCGCCUGCAAGACCCCAGUGCCAUCAAGAUUGAGGUGGCCACUUACGCCACCCGGUACCCCGACUUCAGCAAAGGCCACCUGAGUGCCAUCUUGGCCAUCAAGGGAAACCUGUCGAGCAACGAGGUCAAGAGCAUCCGGAGCAUCCUGGACGUCAGCGAGGGGAUGCAGCAGUCCUCCAAGCCCCUAUUUUCACUUAUAAAGGUCGGUUAGCUUUUCCUGCGGCCUGGCCUCCUUGUGAGCACCCAUCAAGCAUUGGACGCAACCCCAUGGGUGGGCAACCACCCGACUUCAUGGCCCUCAGCAGGCUUCCUGCCUACUGCUGCUGCUGCUGCUACCCAGCCUCAGCCAAGGCACUUGCCCGUGGGAGACUGGAAUUGGACUGACCCAGGUUACUUAGCUGUCCCAGGGGGUGGGAGGGCCCAUCCUGCGGAGGCAAUGAGGCAAUCCCCGAGAAACUCUGUAAGUGACUGUUGAUCUACAUGUACUGGAGGAGGGGGCCAAGAGGGAGACUGGCCGAGUAGAGCCCCCCAGGGUUACCUCCUGUCCGUGGGGCCCGCCACGGUCUAUCCUAACUGCCCUCCCCGUGGCUGGGUCUGAGCGCCUUCCCAGCUGCCGGGGGACAGGGGCUCGCCCAUCCCGCCGCCUCUGACCCAGGCAGUGAGUGGGGCUCAACGUGUUCAUGGAAUCGAAGGCAGAACUAGGAAGGAAUGAAGAAAGCAACAACGAACUCUUAUUUGGAAUCUGCACACCCUGGGUCUUCCACCUGGAAGUCAUCCUGAGGUCUAGACAGGGCAAGCUUGACCUCUGAUCCCUUGGCUUCUGUGUCAGUGUCCCAUUGCUGCUAACACGUUUCCACAAAUGUGGUAGUUGAAACCGGAACUUCUCUUCCCGCUCUGGAGGGAGAAGUCCGACACAGGUCUCCUGGGCUAAAACCAAGGUGUCCGUGGGGCUGGUUCCUUCUGGAGGCUCUGCGGGGAGGUUCCUUACUUCUCCCAGGUUUUGGAAGCUGCCUGGAUUCCCUGGCCCAUGGCUCCCUCCAUCAUCAAAGCCAGCAGUGGCCAGAUGAAUCCUUUUCACAUCACAGACCUCAGACCUCCCCUCUGGCCCCCCUCUUCCACUUUUAAAGACCCUUUUGAUUACCUUUGGCCCACCCAGGGCAUCUGGGAUCAGCCCCGACUUUAAGGUUAGCUGAUGAGUAGCCUUCAUCCACCUGCAACCUCAGGCUCUUUCGCCCUGGACCCUGAUGUAAUCACAGGUUCCAGGUGUGAGGACGUGGGCUUCCUAGGGUGGGGGGCCUGAGGUUCCCCCCGCAAGGCCUCCAUCCACCCCCGGCCCUGGAGUGUGCGUCAUCCUACCCCAGGAAAACGCGGCUUCAGGAACGCUCCUAGGCCUCUGAGCUUGAGAGGGCGCCCGGCAGGCUCCUGCGGGACUCAGCCCCGUGCAUCUGAGCGCACUGCGGUGGGGUCGGGGGCCAGGGCUCUUGGGUUUGUCCCCUCUUUCCAGGUACUGUGGCCAGCAACUGGCCUGUGUAAGUGGUAUACAAGGGACUUUGUAUGUCUGUAGGAGUUAGUAUAUUUGAUGUUGUUAAUAUUAUUUUUGAUAGUACUGCUUUUGUAUGUAUGUACUCAGGACAGGGUCUGAGUUUUUAUAGCUUAAUAUAAAACUGAUUUUUAAAAUG